AACUGGCUGAUAGUAAGCCUUUAGCAGCCAAACGAUCAAGUUGGUUUCCUCAAGUAGAGGCGGACAAAUACGGAAAAAUUAAAUAAUACACAAGCACAUACAUAGCUACAUAUGUGUGUAUAAGCCCACAUUCAUACACACAUAUAUGAAUGUACCAAAAUAAAACAAAAUUUUCACAUAUUCAAAGUUGAACAAGUUGUAAAAACGUUUGAAUUAAUUUGCGUUAGGGAAAAAAGCUGCCUUUAUAAUGGCUGAAGCCCAUUCUGCCGUGGCAUUUUCCUUCGCCAUCACUCACGAAGGAUUCGAUAUCAAUUACGAUCAAGAAGUUUUAAACCUUGUGUGGAAUUCCGGAGUACGGUCGUGGAAAAAACGCCUAGCACGUGCACGGAACGGUGUUCGUAAUGGCGUCUAUCCAGCUCAUAUACAAAGCCUAUGGUUGAUCACGGCUAUCGCCAUCGGCCUACACUUUUCAGGAUUCGCAGUACCAUUUGAUCUGGUUCAUAAAAUUUUAGUGCAUCUUCCCGCCAACACAAUCAAUUGGCAAGUGACUGCUUGCUUCGGUGCAGCGCUGAUUGUCUGGCUUUCCAUAUGUUUCACUAUGCGUUACACACUAAAAUUACUGCUUAUGUAUAAAGGAUGGAUGUAUGAAUCCAGAGCGCCAGGCAGUAAAGUAUCCUUAAGAACAAAAGUUUGGGCAGCUUUCGUCAAAAUACUCUCCAGCUGGAACACACCGGGUCUUUACAGUUUCCAAGGCUCGUUACCUAGGCUUCCUGUGCCAGCAUUACAUGAUACAAUGCAACGAUAUUUGCGCUCGGUUCGUCCUUUGUUGGAUGAUGAAAAUUAUGCUCGUAUGGAGGGUUUGGCGAACGAAUUUGAAAGCACAAUCGGAAAGAAACUGCAAUGGUAUUUAACCUUGAAAAGUUGGUGGGCUACCAAUUAUGUUUCCGAUUGGUGGGAGGAGUAUGUAUAUCUACGGGGACGCAGCCCUCUGAUGAUCAACAGCAACUUUUAUGGCACCGAUGCGAUUUUCAUGAAUUUAACUAAUAAUCAAGCGGCUCGUGCGGCCAAUGUGGUUUACUUGUUGUUAGGAUUCAGACGUUUGAUUGAACGCCAGGAGUUACAGCCGAUAAUGGUGCAGGGAAUGAUACCGCUUUGUUCAUGGCAAUACGAACGUACCUUCAACACUGUACGUGUACCCGGAUUAGAAACAGAUCGUAUAGUUCACUAUCGCGACUCGAAUCACAUUGUUGUGCUGCAUAAGGGAUGUUACUAUAAGGUAACUAUCUAUUUUAAAGGCCGCAUACUGAGGCCCUGUGAGAUUCAAGUACAAAUGGAAGAAAUAUUAAACUCCAAAGCCACACCACUGCCGGGAGAAGAACGUUUGGCAGCGUUGACGACAAUGAAUCGCUCCAAGUGGGCAGAAAUUCGUAAUGCUCAUUUUGCUCGAGGCGUAAAUCGAGUUUCACUUAAUCUGAUAGAAUCAUCCGCGUUUGUGCUCUCGUUAGAUGACGAGCCUUUUGAAUUUGAUUUAGCGCGGCCAGAAUUGCUUGAUAAAUUUGGUAAAACACUGCUGCAUGGCAAUGGCUAUAACCGUUGGUUUGACAAAAGCUUCACUGUGUGCGUUGGUACAAACGGACGUGUGGGCUUUAAUGCAGAGCAUACUUGGGCCGAUGCAGCUGUAAUGGCUCACGUGUGGGAGAAUCUCGUUAUGGACGACGCGACCACGAAUGGGGCAGAUGCACCGGUGAUGGGUCAUCUUUGGGAAUAUUUGUUGGGUGAUGAUAUUUAUGGAUAUGAUGAGUCCGGAAUUGCAAAAGGUAUUCCUGAAUUUCAGCCACCGUCACCCACACGACUAAGUUGGGAUCUCACUGUAUUACAGCCACAAAUUGAGGAAGCGACUUUAGAUGCUUCUAAGCUUAUAAAUGACGUGGACCUGCGAAUCCUUGUGCACAAUCAGUAUGGAAAAGGUUUCAUGAAAAAGUGCCGACUGUCCCCUGAUGCAUAUAUCCAAAUGGCUCUUCAAUUGGCUUACUAUCGUGAUGCUGGUCGUUUUUCAUUAACAUACGAAGCAUCCAUGACUCGUCUCUUCCGGGAAGGUCGAACCGAAACCGUUCGGCCUUGUACCAUUGAAUCAGCAGCAUGGGUGAAGGCAAUGGAAGACGAUAACACAACAAACGAGGAGCGUGUCAAGCUUCUACAGAAAGCAUGUGAUCGCCACCAGCUUGGAUAUCAAGACGCUAUGUGCGGGCGAGGUAUUGAUCGGCAUCUGUUCUGCCUUUACGUGGUUUCAAAAUACUUAGAGGUGGACUCGCCUUUCCUCAAUGAGGUAUUAAGCGAGCCGUGGCGUUUAUCCACUAGUCAAACACCGCAUGGCCAAACGCCGAAAAUGGAUUUAAAAAAGCAUCCAAAUUGCAUAAGCUCAGGCGGAGGGUUUGGACCCGUUGCUGACGAUGGCUAUGGUGUAUCAUAUAUUAUUGCGGGUGAAAACUUAAUAUUCUUCCACAUAUCGGCUAAAUUAAACUGCAAGCAAACGGACGUCCAUCGGUUUGGAGAAAAUAUAUGUAAAGCUUUAGCCGAUAUACGCGCUAUGUUCGAGUUGCAUUUCAAAAGUCAAGGAGAAACUAAUACAAAAAACGGGACUGCCUCAACGAAGCCAAAUAAGGCGAAACUAGUAAAAUAAAUUUAAAAAAAAAAUGAAACAUACAUACAUACUGAAAUUAUUGUUAGAACUUUUAAAACUUUAUUAUAAGUGUUGAAAUAUGAUAGUUGAUUUGUAUAUGUACAUUUAUCGUAAUGGUGUUUUGUACAGCAUAAGUCAGAGCAAUAGAGUCAUAUUGAUUUUCCCAAAUCGUGAGCAAUUUUAAGACGUUAAAGAUAUUUUAUAUUUUAGAUUUAAUUUAAUCAAAUGAAAAAAAUUAUAUAACUGACAUCUUGAAUUCCUUUCCUUUGAAAAACAUUUUUAAUUUAAAUAAGAUAGCAAACAUAUGUACGUAUAUAAA